GGCUUAUCUUAACAUGCUGGAAUGCUCUUAUUCAGCUUUUAUCAGAACAAUACACACCCCGAGAUGUUGACGCUGCUCUUAUAAGAGGAGAGGGGAUAGAGAGGAGGAAACAUCUUAACACGAUGUCUCUCACUGAUUUUUUGAUAGUGCUGCUGGCUUGUUUGACGCUUUGUCAGUCAGCACCAACCAUUGCUCCAACCAUUUCACCAGAGGAUGAGGACCUGGCUCAGGCAUAUGUCUCUCGGUUUUAUGGGGAUGUCGGUACAAGAAACUCAACACUACGAAGUCUCGUCAAUGAUACAUUCAGUGAGGACUUGGAGUCCAUGCAGGCUUUCUUUGGCCUAGAGGUGACUGGCGUCUUGAAUAAAGAGACAGUGGAGGUGAUAAAAGCACCGAGGUGUGGUGUGUCAGACAUCAGCCGAUAUGGACACUUCCACGGGAAACCCAAAUGGAACAAAAGACUAAUCACAUAUAGGAUCACCAGGUACACUCAAGAUCUGAGUCAGAGGGAUGUGGAUGCAACCAUCGCUCAGGCCUUCCAACUCUACAGUGACGUCAUCCCACUGGACUUCAAACAGAUCUACGCCAACAACGCCGACAUCAUGAUCCUCUUCAAGGGCGGAUAUCACGGGGACUUUUACCCUUUUGACGGGGCGGGUGGAGUCCUGGCUCAUGCUAACUCUCCUGGACAAGGCCAGGGGGGAGACACACACUUUGAUGAUGAUGAAACCUGGACUCUUGCCCAGAGAGGUGUGAAUCUGCUUUUGGUGGCAGCCCACGAGUUUGGCCACGCUCUGGGUCUGGAUCACUCCAGGGACAGACGUGCACUCAUGUACCCCACCUAUCAGUAUGUCAACACAUACGGGUACAGGCUACCAGACGAUGAUAGGCGCGGGGUUCAAGCCCUGUAUGGCAGCCGUACGCCAGUGCCCACAACCGCCCCAAAACCCAAACCGACUCCGCGUCCUGAACCUGAACCAGAGCCGGAGGAGCCAACAGAACAACCUGACCCUCUGCCAAACCCCCGAGACGAGCAGUGCAGCCGCGGGCUGGUGUUUGACGCAGCUUCCUCUGUGAGGGGAGACCUGUACUUCUUUAAAAACGGAUAUUAUUGGAGAAAGUCUUCCAGUGGAAUCCGUUUGACUAAAGUGAGAACAAAAUGGCCUGGGAUCAACUAUGUGGACGCUGCGUUUGAAGUCCCACACAGGAAUGUGUUUUAUCUGUUUGAAGGUCGUCAAUACUGGGGCAUAAGGGCUUAUGCAAAGACAAAACUGUCAGGUUAUCCAAAGUCUAUCACCUCCCUCGGCCUCCCCUCCUCAGUCCGUAAAGUGGAUGCAGCUGUUUAUGUGCCAACUACUAGAAAAACACUUAUAUUUGUGAAAAAACAGUAUUGGAGCUAUGAUGAGAGCAGAAACCAAAUGGACUAUGGAUACCCACGAUCUAUCACUUGGGAUUUUCCAGGCAUUGGCUCCAAAGUAGAUGCAGCCUUUGAGAAUUACGGUUAUCUAUACUUCUCAAGUGGACCCAGACAGAUUGAGUACUACCUGGCACAGAAAAGAGUGGUGCGUGUGCUGCUCAACUACGGCUGGCUCAACUGCUACUAACACAAAACUGCAGAAUCCCCUGUGAAUAAUGUGAAUUACCAUAAUACGUUUUAUUCUUUGAUGAGGGGAAAAGCGCUUGAAUACAGAUGUUGUUCAACAUAUUUCAAAUAAACGCAACUGAGGCAAAGGUCAGUGAUCAAUCCUG